AUGGAAGCCAUCUCUUAUCUGGCCCCAUCUGCUCCCGUUCAUCCUCCUCGUCUCCUCUCGCGUGGCCUCGUCAGAUCCUCCCGGUCCCGUAACAACACUGCAGCGCCAGCUUCUUCCUCGAUUGGGAGGCCUAUCCUCGUCAAAGCGUCUGCCGAUACCAGCAGCCGCGGGAGAACGUUGUCCGGCGGAUGGGAUUUGUCGGCCGUCUCUGUCGGGCCAUGGAUGCCGAGAAUGGAGGAUUUGGACUCGACAAACAUGCUUCUCAGGCAGAGGAUCGUGUUCUUGGGUUCUCAGGUCCCCUCUAUCUUCAAACGCACAGAAAGUUCCAGCGGCUCCAAAAAUUUGACUGUUUCUAUGUUUUGAAAUUAAUGCCAGUAUUUUCCAGUGUCUCCUUAAUAGCAAAAGCUGAAAGUUUUCUGUCGGCCAUGGUCCAUAGAUGGUGGUGUAUUAGUUCUCUUCUCUUCUACUGGUGACCAUAUGAUGGGAUAUGGAUAUUCGGUUGAUGACCAGAUACACUCUUUAGGGAAUGCUAUUCGAUUUUUCAUUCUCUUUAUUCGUUAGAUAUUUGUGUAAUAUGACAAUUCCUAGAUUUCUAUGUUAAACGUAUGAAUGGAGGAGCAUUUUUUUAAGAUCCUCAGAUUCGUUACGUUUAAUUCAGGUUUGAAUAUUUUUUUAUUAAAUGGGUUUUCCUGGUUGAUGCAUAGGUCGACACAAUGACUGCAGAUUUGAUCAUCAGUCAGCUUCUAUUUCUGGAUGCAGAAGACCAGGAGAAAGACAUCAAGUUGUUUAUUAAUUCACCCGGUGGUUCUGUGACGGCUGGUAUGCUCUGCAACUCACUAGAUUAUCAAUGCGCAGCAUAUUAAAUUUUAGUGUAUCCAAUCAAUUACGACAUGUUCUUUCAAUGAAAAUUCUGAAACAGAGUGACGAUUGACUUUGCUAUAUUCCUUACGUAUAAUGGCCAAUCCCUUGUGGAUUCUUUUGGAUCCACAGGUUCUUACUGGAAUUUAGAAGGGCAUGUACUAAUAGUGUAGAAAUGUAGUUUUAUCUCCUUUCUUUUGAGUUGUGAGUCAAGAAGAUGAUGCUUUUGUAAUCAAGAUUCAUUGACGCUAGAAGGGAUGGUUGAUAUCUAAGAGAAUACUGUCUAUGAAGCUCUUAGAACCAGCAGAAUCUUCCACUUUAUGAUGCGCUAAAGAUGAGAACAUAGAAGGAAGAGGUCUCAUAAGCCUUUGAGAUUAUGCAAGAGGGUGGGCAAUUAAAUCAUUAUUAGGAGAUGGCAACAUUAUACUUUAAUUAACUUUCUGUCGAAAAAGGAGUUGGUCUAACGUGUAGCAAGGAAUCAGGGUGUUCUGUGAUGUGUUAGUGCUUUCCAUUAGUGUGACUGAAUAACGUCCUUCUGAGCUGGUGUGCUUGUGGAGAGUGAUGAAUUACGACGCCUCUAUGAUGGGUUCUCAAUAGUCUAGUGAUUCUGUCUCGGAUGAACAUACCCUAGGAAAAUUGCUGACUCCAACUAACAUCCAUGUUUGCUUCAUUCUCGAUCUGAGAAACUGCCUAUCCUAUCCCCCUCUAUGUUCUUCACGGCCCAUUUUUGUUGAGUGAUCAAAAAGAGAGUUGUCUGAUGGAAAUUUACUAGUCUGAUGAGCCUGUUCCUCAUGCCUAACCUUUUAAGAGUCUAAGAUAAUCCUUUACCUUUUGAAAUAGAGUGAGGUUCUUUCGAAAGCUUGGACAAUGAACAGUGAAACUGUUAAGUUGCAAGAGAACUACAUUAUCUGGUGCAGAUUGAGAGUAAUUUAUUGUAUCGCUAUAUUGGUGUCUUCGUUUGACGAAUCAUUUCCUAAUUUGAUUCAUGUCACUGAAUUGGAUGGAAAGAGUUAAAGUGGAAGUUUUCUUUCUCAUUGUUGAAGUCAAUGCCAAAGCUUUAUCUUUCAUAGAGCCACAUUUCUGAUCGGCUGUUUCAAAUUUUUGAUGUUGGAAUCUAGUCAUCUCCUUUGAUUGAAUUUAGAAACGGCAGUAUAGUUGAUGGUUGAAAGAUUGCACCAUUACUGAGGGGAAACGAAUAAAUUAUAUGAAGAAAAAAAAAAUGACACUAGUGGGUCCAGCAGUGGAAUGAAAAUUCGUAAGAGUCAUUUUGCAGCUCCGAAUGUAGGAGAUGAUAUGGCUUCUGGUUCUUUAAAAAGAGCAAUAAUGGUCUUUCUGCUAUGGUGCUGGUCAGCAUUAGAUGUAUUGAAGGCGGAAUUGAGACUGGAGUUGUUGCUCCACUGUCUUACGUUGUGUCAUGUUUCAUGAAGGUGACAUGAGAUUUGAAGAGUUGGCCGUGGAGAUUCAUAGCAUGGCCAAGAGUUUGAAAGGGAAUGCAGAGAUUAGAUACUGGGGUAUGUGUGAUUACAUAAAUAGGUUGUGAUGUGAUUCUGGAUUCCAUAGGGAUUUAAUAUGUUUUAUAUCAUGGUGUAGGCACCUGUGGUCAACUCUCUUCCAUUUCCUUCAAGAGGGUGAGGAUUCAGCUCAGAAUCGUAGUCAGUAUUUUCCUCUCAAUUUUUGAGCGCUGGAGGACUCUACAACGUGAGUCAUCUCUGUCAAACUUCGGGUUAUGGGAGCUUUGCUAUGGGGUUUUGAAGGGGCGAGACGAUUUUGAGAAAAGUAAAGCCAUUGGUGGAAACUUUUGUUCAAUGCGUCCAGUAGCUGCUAAUGCAGGCAAAGGCUUAUUUACUACCUGAUCCUUGAGGACCAUAAUUGAUAAAGUUAUCAUACGUUGGAUAGAACAAAACAGUUAGAUGAUGCUUUCAUGCUACUAGCUUCUCUCAGUUGUGGAUCUUGACUACGUCUCUAACAGUACGAAAAUCUGCUGAGAUACCACUCCCAACCUGAGGUACAAUUGUUAGGUGUGCCUUAAUGUCCUUUCUUUACUCAUGUUCCCUAUGCUAUGGUUUCUUCACAGUACUUUCCAACAUUUCCACUGGGACUAGCUCCAGGUUGCUUCACAUGAGCCUUUGUUGAUCUGACUUUAACUUGACCUCUUUCCAUUUCCCCUUUUCUUUCUUGUUCAUUUGCAAUAUUCCAGCAUUCCCUCCUCAUUGAUUCUGGGCUGACUUUUCCAUUCUGCUUUAACUCUGGGAUUGUGCUGAACAACAUAUGGAGAUGCAUGAUUUCUCAUAUUCCCGUCUUAAAAUAGAAUGCAUCGAUAGUUUUAGUAUGAGAAUGAUUUACUAACAAAUUUGAGUUUACUAUUUUUCCCGUACUCGCACUACUUGGGUUAACUGUUUGCAAUUAAACUAUGAUAUUACCCUGUGACAGGCAUCAAUAAUUUCGUAUAUUUAGUUUUUAUUUAUAGGCUCAUGAAAGUCAACUUUUUUGUCAUUGUUCAUCCUUUUGUUUACUGAAGGAAUUCAUAUUUCUCAUAGGAAAUCAGCAUAUGGGUUGUUUUUUGCGGCCUGCACAUUGUGUGAAUUGCAAAACAUCAUGAAAUUAGAGUGAUUUUCUUUUGAUUUCAAGUUUUUCCUCAAUUUUUUCCUAAUAAUCAAAUUUUAUACAUAAUCAAUUUUUUUUAUCUCUGGCCAUUAUUUAAACUUAUGCUCUGUAUCAAAGUUUGGAUUUCUAUCUUAAUUUUUGUCCUAAUGAACUCGAUACUUUCCGCUUACAGGCAUGGGUAUAUAUGAUGCCAUGAAACUGUGCAAAGCAGACGUAUCUACUGUCUGCUUUGGUCUUGCAGCAUCUAUGGGUGCAUUUCUUCUUGCUUCUGGAACAAAAGGGAAGCGCUUUUGCAUGCCCAAUGCAAGAGUUAUGAUCCAUCAACCGCUAGGAACUGCAGGAGGCAAGGUAAAGGCUCUCUUUUUCACAACAUUUCUUGGGAGUUUGUGGGUCACUGGAGACUUUCACCUGCCGAUGGAUCAUCUUUUCAGGGCUCCACGUCUGUACAUGCUCAUGCCAUCUAGACGUUAUAAAUAACCCAGUGAAGUGACAACUUGCACCAUGAACUCCCAUGUCUGGAAUGGGUCUAGCUUGUGUGUGUUUUACUUUUCCGCCAUUAUCGGAUUCAAGCUGGUGGUUCUUGCUCUCAAAUGAAAAUAAGUCUAUCACUCAUGAUUCUGGAAUUUAAGAGAUGGUGCAGAAUCACCUUCUGUUUCUCCAUGAUGUGCUUCACUGAUGAAGUCAUGUUGGGGAAGCUAGGAUCAGAAGGGGUCUUAACAGCCAACAUGCCUAUCACAUUCUGUCUCAAUUUUGUUCCAUUUAUUCUCUCGAUCUCCUUUUGUUUGUCGGUGUCUUGAAUCCAAUGGGUUCUACAACAGCACGUAGAAGAAUGAUCUUCUCUUGCUGAAGCUUCUUAUUGAUUUCUUUCUAAAUACAGACAACAGAGAUGGGGCUUCAGAUAAGGGAAAUGAUGUACCACAAGGUCAAACUGAACAAAAUAUUCUCGAGGAUCACAGGAAAGCCUGAACACCAGGUUUGCGACCAUAAACCUAAUCCUCUACUACUAAUAGUAUCAAUAAAAAAGGGUAUUAUUAUUAUUUGAAUGGUUGUUCUCCAAAUUGGAUGAUUGAACGAUCAUUUGUUGCUCUCUUGCUCAUGAAGAUCGAAGCAGAUACAGAUCGUGACAACUUCAUGAAUCCCUGGGAGGCAAUGGAGUAUGGCCUGGUUGAUGCAGUCAUAGAUGAUGGCAAGCCGGGCUUGGUGGCCCCAAUCGGAGACUUGAUAGCUCCCCCUAAGACCCGGGUGUGGGAUCUGUGGAAGGUUGAAGGAAGCAGGAAGGCCAAGAAGAAUUUGCCUUCUGAGCAGAGGAUCCUUCAGAAUGGGCUUAAUGGCGAUGAAGAGAAGGGUUCAGAGCCGACAGAGAAGGCAGCAGCUCCUGUGUGA